AUGAAUACUAAUGCCACAUUUCUUAUUGUUGCGGUCUCUGUAGCUGCUGGAAUUCUAAUCUUGUGUUGCUUAUGCAAUAUUGGACGCAAAAAGAAGCAGCUGCCUGGAGCAUCACAGGCUAGGCAGAGUGCUCCACGGCCACCAUCGUAUUAUGAUGUUGAGAAGGGUCAAACUGCUAAAACUAGUGCCAUUAGAGAUGGGGGAAUGGCUAUUUUGGGAGCAGCAGCAGCAGUUGCAGCUGCCACUAUUGCAGCAGAAGCAGUGUUUGGAGGUGGUGGCGGAGGUUGCGAUGAUAGUGGUACAGGUGGCGGACAUGGCAGUGGGGGUGGUUGUGGUGGUGGGGGUGGUUGUGGAGGAGGAGGAGGCUGCGGAGGAGGGGGCUGUGGUGGUUGCUGA